AGGAAGGUAGUACACUCCAGAGAGCUGCGCUGAGCUCGUUGAGACACGGACGAAGGCGGCAGCGAGAGCCACAAUCAGCAUCCAACACAAACCCGCUGCACGGGGCUCGGCAGCCAGCCUCCUUCCGUCCCUUCGAGUCCAGCCAUGAAACAGACGUUACUGGAACUCAUGAGGAUGAGCAGGAUCUGCCGGAUGGUGCUGGCCACUUGUUUAGGAUCUUUUAUUCUGGUCAUCUUCUAUUUCCAAAGUAUGUUCCAACCAGUUAUGAGGAGGAACCCAUUCACAGUGGAGGGCUGCUGCCGAAAAGGCUCCAGAAACGCCUUAAAAGAACUGUACAACCCUACACAGGCCGAGUUCUCUGCGGCGGCAGUGUUGCAUCAAGCCCGACGAGAUCAGGUAGUGGACACAUGUCGCGCCCACAGCGCAUCCAACCGCAAGAGACGUGUCCUUACACCCAGUGACCUCAAGCACCUAGUGGUGGAUGAGGAGCAUGAGCUCAUCUACUGCUACGUCCCCAAGGUUGCCUGCACCAACUGGAAACGUGUCAUGAUGGUACUGAGCGGCCGGGGCAAGUACAGUGACCCCAUGGAGAUCCCGUCCAAUGAGGCCCACGUACCUUCCAACCUCAAGACGCUCAACCAGUACAGCAUUCCCGACAUCAACCACCGCCUCAAGAGCUACCUCAAGUUCCUCUUUGUACGCGAGCCCUUCGAGAGGCUGGUGUCUGCCUACCGCAACAAAUUCACACUACGCUACAACACCUCCUUCCACAAACGCUACGGAACGAAAAUCGUUCGGCGAUACCGCAAGAACGCGACGGUCGAGGCGUUGCAAAACGGUGCCGAUGUCAAGUUCCAGGAGUUUGCGGAGUACCUGGUGGACCCGGCCACUCAGAGAGAAGCUCCGUUAAACGAACACUGGCAGACGGUUUACUCGCUAUGCCACCCGUGCCACAUUCACUAUGACCUGGUCGGCAAAUACGAGACUUUGGAGGAAGACGCCAACAACGUGCUAAGGCUGGCUGGGGUCGGCGACUCGUUGCGUUUUCCAUCGUACGCCAAAUCCACUCGUACAACCGACCAGAUGGCGGCGAUAUUUUUCAACAACAUCAGCUCGACGCAGCAGAGCCAGCUCUACCAGCUCUACAAACUGGACUUCCUUAUGUUCAAUUACUCAAUUCCCAGCUACCUAAAACUGCAGUAAACACACAUCUGCAGUUGCGCGCACGCACAUUGUGAGCUCUCAGCUUGUUCAACAAGGUCAACCAAUGGGAGACGGACAUUGGCGGAGGCUGGUUUGGAUUAACCAAACACUUUAAUGUAAAAUUGUAUUUAAAUCCGCAUGGACGGUUGCUUUAUUUUGAUAUGACCAAGGAGCUUUCAGUCAAACUGCAAAAAAGGCAAAUAUGGGACAUUUUGGAAGGAAUUUGCGAUUACAUUUUUGAGACUGGUGUCUGAAAUCCUACUAUAUUUGUCUAUUGAAUUGUAAAUGUUCAGUGUGAAGGCUCCAAUUCCCAAACAUCAAAAGCAAUAUGAGAGAUUACGAGCCAUACCUGCUCAACUGGUUUUAUCUUUUAAUAUUAAUCUGGUUUUAUCUUUUAAUAAUUAAUCCACCACUCGCAACCAUUAUCAAAGCUUCACAGUAAGGAGCGCCUCGAGAAUUAAAGACUUAAUAAGACUUAAGAUAUAAUCAGACUUGUUCUGACUUCAAUUCCCCACUUCUAAUUUUGUGUUCCCUUGGGAAGUUUCCUACGCCUCUCGCUUCUCUCCCAUAGAAGGACUUUGAAUGUGUGUAUUCAAAUGGUGCAUAUUUAAAGGAAGACCUUUUUAUAUGCACACUAAAAUAAGAAUUACAUAAAAGGCAUUGAGUGGUGCCUUACAGAAGGGGUGUGACCAAAUGUGAUUGACAGUGAGUGGCUCCUCCCACUAGGUCAGUGAGUGGGUCGCAUCCGUAGCAGCUGGGAGGUCAGAGGUCACUGCGGGUUCAAGCUUGGCCCUUUUCCAGGGAUCCAGUAAGCAUGCUGUUCCCACAACCCCCUCUUCCCUCCCUUGGUUGGUCUAAAGUAAAUUUAAGGAUUGUUUUUUUAAAUUUUGUAUUUGAUUAUUGUCUAAAGAAAAAGUGGCUGCGAGCAGCACAAUGUAGUAGUAAUUGAAUUACUGUGCGAAAUAGAAAUAAGGAAGAUUUAAUAUUUUGUUUCCAGGAAUGGAAAGCAGCCCUGCUGGAAAAAAAAGCCUUAGCUGGUUUGCUGGCCUUAGCUGGUCUCCCAGCCUGGUCAGGCUGGUCUGUUUGCUGGUUUUAAAGGGGGUUUGAUCAUCUAGAUCAGGUUUUCCAGGCUGGGAGACCACUAAGGCCAUCUUAAACCAGCUAAGACCAGCAAACCAGGCUGGUUUAAGCUGUUUUUUUGUUUGUUUUUUUUCCAGCAGGGAGCUUAGAGGUAGAGAUUUUAAUUGUUAUAAUUUCUUCAUAUUUCAUUUUGCCUCUUAUGCAGAGCACUGUUGCCAGGAUACCUCGCUGGUUGUUUUGUGAGGAGUGAACGGAAAACGGGCAGGACUUCGUUUUCUGAGCUGUUCUCAUGGGAAAGUUUCACACACUGGUGUGUGUUUGAGCGAGGGAAAGAGAAACUACAAGCAAAUCUGUUCAAUCCAUUAGAUGAUUGCUUCUUCUAAAUGUCUUUCCCAAUUUAGGCAGUUCAAAGGAACACUGUAAUUUAGUGAGCUGUCUUUUUAUGACCUUUUAUUUGCUUUGAUGGUGCACGAAAAUUAUGAAAUUUCUUAUUUAUAUGUGCAAUGGCCACAAGUGUGCACGUCCAAGUUCUUUUUAUGGACCAAAGUCUCAUGCUGGCAAAGAUGGCCCAAUGCAGGGCUAAAAGGCUUGCUUUAAAAAAAAGCAUCCAGGGUUUAUUUGACCUGAAUAAUUGAGUGCUGAUUAGCAUGAUUUUUAGGCGCAGGGUCUUAGGGUGGAGACCACACAAACACAACUGUCAAAAUCAAGCCACAAGAUAUCAACCUCUCUAUUCUCUUUACUUCUCAUUCGUUCUAUUUCUGUUGCUAUUCCUUUCUCACGCUGCUUUUCCUAAAUCUUACCCCCUAGAGAGAGUAUUAAGAAAUUUUGUUAUCCCCAUGCCAGUUUGUCGCCAAGUUCCUGGACAGAAGCAGUUGAGAGUGAAAAAUGUCUUUGCUGUUGUUGAGCUGUCUGUAACGUGGACAGAAUUAGAAAGGGUUUGAUCUAGAGGCGGUAUCUGUCGAUCACACUCGUUCCCGUGGCUUGGCAUCGCUUGUGUGUAGAUUGCAUCACUGUAUUACUAAUAUUGUAGUAACCAUUUUUUUUGGCAGAAACCAUAGUUUUAAUGCAAUUAACCAUGGUGUUAGUACGGUAAAUUGGUGUUAUUAUAGUAACCAUGGUUAAUUUUGUGGUUACUGUAAAUGUACAAAAGAUACCAUGGUGAAACCAUGGUUUCUGACACUAUUUGCACCAGGGUGCAAUUAGUAUCUACCAUUAUUUGCACCAGGGAUGGGGUGCAAAUAAUAUCUGACAAUAUUUGCACUGAGGUGUAAAUAGCAUAUACCAUUAUUUGCAUCAGGGUGCAAACGGCUUCAGUUACAGUACCAUCCAUAUUGGAAUUUCAUCCCUAAACGCAUCACUAGGGUUCCAAUAGACUUGAAUAAUCCCAGUUUAGCAAAGUCCUCUUUCACUGACGCAUAAAACCAUUGUCAAAACCAGCUGUUAUAUUGCAGUAGUUGCCUGUUCAAAUCUCUGUUCUCAUUCCUAGCCAGAACAGGAAAUGAGUUUCUAGCAAAACGAAUCAAUCUGGAUCAGCAUUUCUCCUACUUAAUUUGAUUCAUCAGCUCAGAAAACAAAGUGUGUCCAGAUUUGGGUUGAAUGUGUUUUAUUUAAUUUGUUCUGUAAUAACAAACACGGUACGGCCUCAUUACAGCCGUGCUGAUACACGCAUUAGUGCCCACAUUAGCAGCAGGCACAGUGCCUUUCAAACACUCAGUAUCAUCAAAUGCACUCUAGCACAUAUAGUACAGCUCACUUUCAUACACGACAGAGUGCCUUCAUGCACAUUAACACUUAAAUAUACACCGCAGGAUCUCACCUCAAGGCUCACCAUCCAUCCACGCAAACCCGCUCACAUGGUUUACCUGUUGCUGUAUUUGCCUGUAGUUUAAUUAAUGUCUAUAUUUGUUCAGUGCAGUCACAUGUCCUUUGAAAUCACACCUAAGCAGCCAUGUUUUUGGGUGUGUAUGUAUGUGGUUUCCCACUGCAAAAAAUGAUUUUCUUACUGAGUACUUUUGUCUUGUUUUCCAGUAAAAAUAUCUAUACAUUCUUUUUUUCUCUCUCUCUCUCUCCCCUUUUUCUCCCCAAUUUGGAAUGCCCAAUUCCCAAUGCGCUCUAAGUCCUCGUGGUGACUCGCCUCAAUCCGGGUGGCGGAGGACGAAUCUCAGUUGCCUCUGCAUCUUAUCACAUGACUUGUUGAGCACGUUACCGUGGAGACAUAGUGCGUGUGGAGGCUUCACGCUAUUCUCUGUGGCAUCCAUGCACAACUCACCAUGCGCCCCACCGAGAGCGAAAACCACAUUAUAGCGACCACGAGGAGGUUACCCCAUGUGACUCUACCCUCCCUAGCAACCGGGCCAAUUUGGUUGCUUAGGAGACCUGGUUGGAGCACUCAGCACACCCUGGAUUCGAACUUGCGAAUACAGGGGUGGUAGUCAGCAUCUUUACUCAUUGAGCUACCCAGGGCCCAAAAAUAUCUAUAAAUUCUUAAAACAAGAUACAUUUAUUUGAGAAGCAAAAUGACAUGAGAUAUUUCGUCUUGUUUUCAGAGAAAUCGAUAUUUUUUUUACAUUCAUGCUUAAAACAAGAAAAAAACUAUUUACCAAUGUGGUAAGACAAAAAAAAAAAAAAAACUUGUUUCAAAUGGAAAGCAAGCUUAUUUUUCUUACACCACUGAAAAAUAGUAAUUUUUUUAUUUUAAGCAUAAACCCCACCAAUUUUGCGAGAUUUCUCUGAAAACAAGACUCAGUUGAGCUUCUCAUGUAUUUGUUUCUCAUUUUAAUUAUUUUUAGAUAUUUUUACUGGAAAAUAAGACAAAAAUACUAGUAAAAAAUACUGUGUGGUGCUUUGCAAAGAAUCAUUCUCUUAAUUAUGUUUUCCAGUACAAAUAUCUAAACAACUUUAAAACAAGAUAAAUUCACUUGAGAAACAAAGAUUUGUCUUCAGAGAAUAUACCUUGAGUUUAUUUUGUUUACCCCAUUGGCAUAUUUUUUUUAAGCAUAAAACUUAUAAAUGAUUUAUUUUAAGCAUAAAUCUCACACUAAUUUUUUUAAAUGUGGUUUAUGCUUAAAACUAGAAGAAAAAACUGCCUGUGGGAUAAAAAAAAAAACUUAAUUUAAGAUAUAUUCUCUGAAAACUAGUCUUUAUAUCUUAAGCAUAUUUUGCUUCUUAAGUAAAUGUAACAUUACUGAAAAACGACAAAAAUUUUGAUUAUAUAUAUAUAUUUAUAUAUAUUUUUUUUUUUGCAAUUUGUGUUAAUUUGGCUGGCUGAUUUGCGUUUUUAAGCAAUUAUCAGGCUCACAAACAUUGUUAAACAAGCCACAAUCUAAUUUAUUUAUUUAUUCUUUGAUGUCGACACAGAAAUGUUCUCUUUUUUUUUCCUUUUCAUUAUUCAGGAUGGACUCUGUCGGGUCACUGGGUCGGACCCAUGUCCUGUAAAUGAGAAAAAUACAAACCAAGUGAACUGUCUGAUCAAUGCACUCCCUGGAGUCUUUCUCUCUCUCUCUCUUUAUGUUUUCUCAAUAAAGCUGAAACAGAAACCCUACAGGCCAA